UGUCUGUGUGGCCCGGGUAGUGAGAGUGCCUGUUUGAAGCAUGCUGUCUCCGUCCCCAGAGGAACCGCUGCUGCUGGCUGAGCUAAAGCCCGGGCGCCCCCACCAAUUUGAUUGGAAGUCGAGCUGUGAAACCUGGAGUGUGGCCUUCUCCCCAGACGGCUCCUGGUUUGCCUGGUCUCAAGGACACUGCAUCGUCAAGCUGAUCCCCUGGCCGUUGGAGGAGCAGUUCAUCCCUAAAGGGUUUGAAGCCAAAAGCCGAAGCAGCAAAAAUGACCCAAAAGGGCGAGGCAGCCCAAAGGAGAAGACACUGGACUGCGGUCAGAUCGUCUGGGGUUUGGCCUUCAGCCCGUGGCCUUCUCCGCCCAGCAAGAAGCUCUGGGCCCGCCACCAUCCCCCAGUGCCAGACGUCUCCUGCCUGAUCCUCGCCACCGGCCUCAAUGAUGGGCAGAUCAAGAUCUGGGAGGUACAGACAGGGCUCCUGCUUUUGAAUCUCUCCGGCCACCAAGAUGUCGUGAGAGAUCUGAGCUUCACACCCAGUGGCAGUUUGAUCUUGGUCUCUGCAUCGCGGGAUAAGACUCUUCGUAUCUGGGACCUGAAUAAACAUGGUAAACAGAUUCAGGUGUUAUCGGGCCACCUGCAGUGGGUUUACUGCUGCUCCAUCUCCCCGGACUGUAGCAUGCUGUGCUCUGCAGCUGGAGAGAAGUCGGUCUUUCUGUGGAGCAUGCGGUCCUACACAUUAAUCCGGAAGUUAGAGGGCCACCAAAGCAGUGUUGUAUCUUGUGACUUCUCUCCUGACUCUGCCUUGCUCGUCACGGCGUCUUAUGAUACCAACGUGAUUAUGUGGGACCCCUACACUGGCGAAAGGCUGAGGUCACUGCACCACACCCAGCUCGACCCCCCCAUGGAUGACAGUGAUGUCCACAUUAGCUCCUUGCGGUCUGUGUGCUUCUCUCCAGAAGGCUUGUUCCUUGCCACAGUGGCAGAUGACAGACUCCUCAGGAUCUGGGCCCUGGAACUGAAAACUCCGAUUGCAUUUGCUCCUAUGACCAAUGGCCUCUGCUGCACAUUUUUUCCACAUGGUGGAGUUAUUGCCACAGGGACAAGAGAUGGCCACGUCCAGUUCUGGACAGCUCCUAGGGUCCUAUCUUCACUGAAGCACUUAUGCCGGAAAGCCCUGCGAAGUUUCCUGACGACCUACCAAGUCCUAGCACUGCCAAUCCCCAAGAAAAUGAAAGAAUUUCUCACAUACAGGACUUUUUAAACACUGCAUACCUUGUUUUCUUUGUAGUGAUAAAACUUCCUGGCAAAGGAGUAGCUGGAAUAAUGGGCCAAACAUCUGGUCCUGGAUUGAAAUCGAAUUUCUUUGGGAUUGUGAAUAGAAUGUAGCAUAACAGACCCCAGUGGACUAGCCAUGGAUUUUUUUUCUCCCAUGGCAUGUGAAAGUCAGUCUUAGAUUCCACUCCAUGGUGACAGAGCCUUACCUGAAACCUUCAAUCCAGUCAUGAACGGCAUAUGUUGAAGUCUCUAGUUGUUUUGAUUCCAAGUGCAGUUAUCCAUGUUGUUGGAAGCAAAAGUAAACAGGCCUCCUGAGCCUCUCCUUAGUGGCAGAGAAGUGUAUCUUCCCUAACCGGGGAAGUUGGACUUCCGCCUAGUCCCUCUCUCUUGUGUUGGGAUACAGUGGUAGCAGUGUUGAGAGUUCUCUCCUGCCAGGGUCCCAGGGGCUUGAAGUUGGCUGUCCCUGCUCAGGUUCACCUCGGACUGGUGGGACAGUUUUCAUGGAGCUGUUUGCUGUAGGUAUUCAUUUAGCUUAACUAAAUGGCAAGUGAAUCAAGGGUCGUGCUCCUGAUAGAGACACUAUUACUGGCUUUCUGUUGUUUGUGUAAGCCGUGGUGUGCAUGUGCAGGAAAUGACAAAUUUGUGUGUCGGACUAUACGAGGAUGUUAACUCCUAAACUGCAUGACUGAUGGCUACUGAGUUGUCAGUUGCCAUGUAUUAGCAUCAUAUUUAUUUGUUAUUUUCUCAACAGAUGUUAAGGUACAACUGUUUUUCUCGAUGGUUAUCUAAAGACCAUAGUGCUUACAUUGAACAGUUGUGAAGAUGUGUCUUAAUUGUGUGAAGAAUUGGUGUGGUCAUGUCAUCUUUCGGCUGAUUCUCGUAUGUAUUAAUACAAGAUCUAUCUGUGCUGCUUAACCUCAUUGGAUUAAUCAGCCAGUUUCAACUCUCCCCAUAAACAAAAAUAGCUCCUUAAAAGUACUGUUUUCCUUCAGUGGCAUGUAGUUAUCUAAUCCAGACACCUCAUUCUAACAAAAUCUGCCUUAGGAAAAUUUAAUAUAUUUUAAAUUAUUUAAAGGAAAUGUCAACAUCUUAUUCUUUUAGCUUUCUUAAUUGGUGCUUUAUGGAGGCCAGUGUAACAUUGUACAACUUCCUAAGAGAGUAGAGGAGUCCCCUCUACCAAACCUUUGUUGUGUGAAGAAAAAGUUUGUUUCCAAAGUGAGAGGCUUUCAUUGAAGGAAAAAAAAAAAAAAAA